GUGAAAAAAAUAAAAAGAAUAAUACAUUGGAGAAAACUAGCCUACAUACACAAUGCGAAAGACGGGGCAGACACAUGAUGUGAUUUUCCUGCCCUUUUUCUUUCAAGUCUUCAAAACAGUCGAUAUAUCUUUUUUUUCGAAUUUGUUUUUCUCCUGUUUACUUGAUUUUCAUCUAAAAAGUAUUGAGUUGGUUUUUUUUUUGGUUAUUUCAUGGUUUGAUAUGUGGUGUAAUUCAUGAUGCUUCUUGUUCCUGGGUA